AUAUUUCUGGAGACGCCAGACCAGCCAUCCCAGGAAAGGGAGGUGACACACAUUUCUAGUUCACAGGAAAAGAGCGCAACAGACUGGAAGAACGAUCUAUCCAGCUUUCUUACUGAUGAGUCAGACCCAUCCACUCGCUUCUCUGCACUCCAUUUGGACAACAAAUCCCAAGAGGCAGCCUGGGUAGAAUCAGACCUGGAGAUCCCAGAGACGGAGACGAAGUAUGAGGAGCAGCUUCCCUGCACCUUGUGGAAACAGACCAGGACUGAAUGGAAGGAGGAAAUGCCCCGCUGCUGUGUUGCAGAGCGCAAGCAAUCCUUUCACAACUGUUGCUGCUAUAGUGCCACUGAGUUGCCUGGUUUGUUUGUCCACAAGGACCAUUUGACCAUGUUGGCCACCCAUUGGCUGAUCAGCUGCAAGCCACCUGCCUUGAUUCACCUCCUAAAACUAUAGGAAAGAGUGGGAAAGACUCUACCCUUGGCCAGCCAGUUGAGAGGCUUCCAAGUCCUGGAAUACUAGGGAUCGAGAGAGAGAUUUCAGUGGUUGUAAUAAUGAACUGUAUGCCUCUCUUGGCAGGAGGAGUAAAGCUUUGUACAACCUCUACACUACCUUCUAUGAUGAGGGAGAGCAGUUUGACCCAUGUUUUGUUCAGAGAGGAAAAGGACUCUCUAGGGCUUGCACCAUAUUGAAUGCUGUCAAGAAGGGAAAGAUUAAUGUCAAGCACCUCCUCCUCACUCUGCACACACUGGGGAUCCUGGUGACUGCUGCUGAGAUGCAUCAGGCUCUGAAGUUUGUUCCAAUAGAUGUACAUGGGAACCUGGACUUUGGCGACUUCCUAUGUGUUAUCAAGGAGACAUUGCCAUGCAAUGAAACAGAUGCUCUACAGAAUGCACAAGAAGUUUUCAGGAAGAUUAAGGAAGACAUGGUGGCUAUUGAGGAGUUGGAGCCAAUUUUGGCAUGCUUGGGAGUCACUUUGAGCCCCAUGGUUAUACAACAGGCACUGGAAUGCACUCAGCUUAGCUGGGAUGGGAAAGUGAACAUCUUGACAUUCCUGCUGACGGUGAGGGGAGCAACAGGCCUCUGCACAGAAGUAGAUGACUAUGCAACUUCCCAGGACUUUGCUGCUGUGGGUGAUUUAGAGACUCUGUUGAGAAGAAAAAGGAGUUUACUAGAAGGGGAGACACAACCUGGUCAUGCUAACCUUUUUACAUUCUAUGAUCCAGAUGAAGGGGUCACGCUCGCCCAGCUACAGAAGGGAAAAAAUAAAUCACAAAAAUCUGAAGGUCCAAGAAGACCCCAAACUGCAUCUCCAGAAUGUCACACAGAGCAGAAGAGCAAAGAAAAUCAAGGCAUACAGUGGCCAAAGGUUCGACCACACUUUGGCUAUACCAGCCAGUACACUCUGUUUCCCCUAAGCUCCUCUCUGUGCUUUAAAGAACAGGAUAAACAGUUUGUCCAGAAGCCAAACACAAAAGAGUUGUCACCACGUGUGGACCAAAAGUCUGCACCUUCCUCGGUUGCACAGAUAAGAAGCAGCCAUGAAGUCUUUCCACAGCAGAGGAAAAAGAAGAUGCUGACCUUCCAGGAGAAACUCCCAAAGAGGUAUGACCAUGAAGAUAACGUUCAUGUAGCAAAUCCCAAGACUUCUGGAAGUGAAGGCCAGCAACAUUCAGAAGAUCUUUCAGCCCAGCAAGCCUUGCAGGAUGCCCUUGAGCUCAUGCAGACGCUCUCUGAAGAGAACAUCAGAGAAAAAGAUCUGUGCUCUGCCCUGAAGAAACUGGGAGUGAAUCUGAAUGACAAGGAAUUCCAGGAGGUGUUGCAGAAGGCAGAUAUAGCAAAAGAUGGGAUGGUGAACAUCAACACCUUCAUGUCUGCCAUGGGGAAAACACAUCUCUUCACUGAAUUUACAAUGCUGAAAGAUGCCAUUCAAGCCAUUGACAAGAUUGAAGGAGACAAGAUGGCCGUGCAUGAUCUCCCUUCCUUUAUGAGAGAUAUGGGGCUCCAUCUGUCUGACCAAGAGUUCCAGCAAGCCUUAAAACAAGUUUCUGUAGAUGGUAAUGGAAAGAUAGUAGUGAAAGACUUCAUUAAAGUUCUUACCAACACUUCACAUUUCUCAGAACUGUCAGUGCUAAAGGACACGAUUAAAGCAGUAAGCAAUAUUCAAGGCAACCAAGUUAAUCUACAGGACCUCAAAGCCACUCUCACAAACAUGGGCAUUCACUUAUACCCACAUGAGUAUGAGGAACUCAUUCAAACAAUUCCAACUGACAAAAAGGGGAAAAUUGAUAUAGAGCAGGUCACAAAGAAGAUAUCCAAAAUGCAGCGCUUCUCAGAAAUGCAAGUUCUGAACAAUGCCAUCAAAGCCUUUAGCCAGUUCAAAGAUAAGAAAUUGAAGGUUUUAGACAUGGAGGCCUGCCUCAACAAUAUUGGAAUCCAUUUAACCAAGUCGGAACUAAUGGAGGCCACAAAAUCCUUGCCGGUUUCUUCUGAUGGGACUGUCGAUCCCAAGGAACUGAUUUCAGCCAUGAAGGAAACCAGGCGGUUCAAAAAUUAUUCAGCUGUGCUGGAUGCGAUCCUUGCUCUCAAAUUAAUUGAAGAACACAAGAUGGUGAGGUCAAGGAGUUCAAAGGGAAAUCUGAACAGUUUCAGCUUGCACAUGGCUAACCAGGUGAUCGCCCAGGUACUGAACUCGAUAUGUAUGACUGAAACUGGGCAAACAAAAUUCAAUGAGUUCUUGCGGGCUUUGACAAGAAGUGAGCAGUUUCGAACAUCUGCAGCCCUGACAGAUGUUUUUGACAUCCUUGCCAAACUAGAAAAUGGGAAGAUUGGUGUGGAAGAAUUGCAGGUGCUUAUGAAGAGCUUCAACUUCAAUUUGCCCUCUGAUGAAAUAUCAGAUGUAUUAGCCUUUUGCAUUAUUGAUGAUGAUAAUACGGUGAACCUGAAGGACUUUAUUAGGGGGUUGACCCAUACCAGUACUUUUAUCACUAACCCAGAAAUGCAGCUCACCUGCAUGGCUCUGAACAAGCUCAAAGGUGACCAUUUUGAUCUCCAUGCUCUCAACUCCACCCUGAAUACCAUGGAUCUUCCAGCAGCCAGUGAAUUACUGCAGGAAGUGAUGAAGACGGCCCAGGUUGACAGUUCUGGCAAGGUGAAUUUCCGAGAAUUCAUGAGGAUUUUAACUCUUGUUCCAGAGCUCCCUGAAGGAAUCGUGUUGAAGGAUACUUUUGAUGCCAUGAGUAACAUCAAAGACCGCCAUAUCCAUGUGGAUGACCUGCCAGGAACCCUGGCCAGUGUAGGCAUAAAACUAACACCAGAAGAGCUCCAGGUGCUGCAAGGCUCAGUUACAGUUGCAGCUUUGCACAGCGCUUUCAGUACCAUCAACAAGAUCUGCAAAGAGAACAUUAAGAAGGAGGACCUACCAGGUAUCCUAGAAGACCUGGGCAUCCGGCUGUCACCUGAUGAGCUCCAGACAGCCCUGGCUUCCACUUCCAUUGAUGAAUCAGGGAAACUCGAUGGGAUGGAAUUCCUGAAGAUUUUGUCCCAUGCCCCACACUUUUCAGAAUUGAUAGCACUGCAGGAUGCCACGAAGGUUGUGGAAAAUAUAAAAACUGAGAAGAUGACCAUUACCCAGUUGGAGAAAGCUCUGGACAAUAUGGGAGUCCACUUACCUGAUGCAACCUUCAACAAGGCAGUCAAAUCAGCCAAAACUGAUGGGAACGGCAAAAUUGGUUUCAAGGAUUUUUUGUUAGCAUUGGGCAAAACAAAGGAUUUCACGGAACUGGAAGCUUUGCAACGCGUCAUAAGUGUCAUUGGCACAAUGCACGACAGACAGCUGCACAUGAAUGAACUGCGAGCUGCUCUGAGUAACAUGGGCAUCCAUUUGAAGGAGGAAGAAUUCCAGCAAGUUGUGCAUGCCAUUGAUGUGGGUGCGGAUGGGACCGUAAAUAUGAAGGACUUCCUGACAGAACUUUCCAAGAUGCAGUGCUUCAAGGACUCUGUUGCACUCCAUUCAGUUGUUGAGGCCUUCAGCAAGAUCAGGGAUGAAAAGAUUGACAUUAAUGAACUGGAAUCCGUUCUGGGAUGUCUGGGAAUUACAUGCAACAGCGAAGAGAUCCAGAAGGCAUUACAAACUAUCCCUGUGGAUGAAAAUGGAAAGGUGCACUUCAAGGACUUCCUCGUCAACUUGACAAGCAGUGAGCAUUUCUCUGAACCUGCUGCUGUACAUGAUGUCUACAGCUUCAUUGACAUAGUGGAUGAUGACAAAGUUGAAGUGUCUCAGCUUAAGGAUGUGCUGGCUGCCAUUGGCAUCACAUUAACCAAGGAGGAAAUGAAGGAGGCACUGAAGAACAUGACGGUGGACAGUGAUGGGAAGGUAAAUCUGAAAGAAUUCAUGAAAGGCUUGCCAAAGACACGGCGAUUCUCCACAGCUGUAGAGUUGGAAGGAGCUAUGGAAACAAUUCAUAGAAUCAAACAGAACAAGGUGAAAAUUGAAGAGCUGGAUUCCAUCAUGCAAACUAUGGGCCUCCAUUUAUUUCCAGACGAAAUCACAGAAGCACUGAAGUAUGUUACGAAGGAUGCUGAUGGGUCAGUCAACAUACAAGACUUCCUGUUUAGUUUGACCAAGACUCGGCGCUUUUCCCAAGCUGAAAGGAACAGGGUUCCCAUCAAAAACCUGAAUGCCAUUCUGGAAAACAUGGGGAUUAAUUUAACUGAAGAGGAGAUGCAAGCAGUCCUCAAGCAAGUUACAGUUGAUGCGGAAGGGAAGGUAAACCUUAAUGAAAUAAUGAAGUCUCUUGGAGGUAUGCAGCAGCUCCCACAACCUGAAGGUGCCCAAGGGAAUAUGGUUGCUAUGGAAGAUGUGGAUUCCCUUUUGUCCAACAUGGGGAUCCACUUAACCAACGAGCAAAUGCAAGAAGCACUGAAGCAUGUGACAGUGGAUGGGAAUGGAAAAAUUAACUUCAAGGACUUCAUGAUGGGGGUGAGGACUGUGCAGCUAGGUGCAGAAGGGAAAAUGGUUGAGAUUGAUGACUUGCGUUCCACCCUGACUGGAAUGGGCAUUCAUCUAACAGAAAAGGAGAUGGAGGAGACUUUGAAACAUAUCACUCUUGAUGGAGAUGGCAGAGUGAACUUGAAGGAUGUACUGGAGAACGUCAUGCUUCAGAAGCAGUGUUUCAAGCUUGAAACUGCAGGAGAGAGGGUUGAUAUUCAAGAACUAGACAACAUCUUGGCCAGUGCAGGCAUUCAUCUCACCAAAGCAGAACUGCAGGAAGCAUUGAAAAACAACCCAGUGGAUGCUGAAGGGAAGGUGAACCUGGGAGAGUUUAUGAAGAGGGUGAGGACAAUCCAGCCACACGCUCAGAUUGAAGAGAAGGUUGCUGUUCAGGACCUAGAAUCCAUUCUGGCCAGCAAGGGCAUCUUUUUGAAUGACAAGGAGCUCCAAGAAGCCUUGAUGCAUGUAGAAGUGAAUGCGGAUGGGACAGUAAACCUCAAGGAGUUUGCCAAGGCAGUUCAAGAGAUUCGAGGGUUAGAACCAGCUGUAAAUGGGACAAUGGGCUUGGACAGUCUGAAGGGAAUGGGAACAGACCAGAAGACUCCCCAGAUAAUAGUAAAUGGAUGGACAAAAGAGAGAAGGAUUGAUAUCGACAGCUUGGAUGCAGUCCUGGAUGAAAUGGGGAUCCAUUUAACUAACAAGCAGCUAUAUGAAGCAUUGAAAUAUGCUCCAAUGGAUGCUGAUGGUAUGGUAGACCUGGAAGCAUUUAAGAAAGGUGUAAAUACUGUGCUGACGAACCAGCAGAAUGGACAAUAUCCAGAUAAAAUGUUAGAGUCAAAGAUGUUGAAAUUGCCCAAGGUACUGGAGAAGCACCGUCCAGUCAGAUUUUUCUCUUCUGUAUCUCCCUGUGACAUGAUCAGACUCGAUACAGCAAAGAACCUUAGUAAGCCACAGAUGGAAGCAUUUCGCAAUGCCUAUGACACCUUCAACAAGGACCUGGAUGGCAACAUAGAUCUUACAGCCCUAGAGACCACUGCCCAUAAUUUGGGAAUUAGCUUAACUGAAGAAGAAGCCUUGGAUGAGCUGCUGUAUGCUGACAUAGAUGGAGAUGGAAAGGUGAAUUUCACAGAUUUCCUAAAUGUCAUCACAGACAGUAGGCGCUUCAUACAGGCUGUAGCCCCAAAUCAAGGGGACAUGGAGACUGUUGAUGCCCAGGGGAUCUUGUUCUUUGAGCUUCUGUCAAAGCUGGUGGAGUCAUCGAUGCUGCCAAGGAAAACUACUGUGAAUAUUGUCAGCUACUACCGGCAAAAGUUUCUGGAGGCUACUGGCAAAAGGGCCUGGCAUUCUGAUGGCAUGAAUGCAGAGGGCAAGGGAAGACAUCACCGUGGGAAACCACGUGUGCAAAAAGCCAAAUCCACGUCUAUGUCUGCAUUUGCUGGUGCUGCCCGCAUCUGCAUCAUGAACGACAAGGAGUUGGAGUCAUAUGUGGAACAUCUCCGAGCAACCAUUGCCCCUUCAGAUAGCCCCUAUGCUCAGGUGCCCAUCUUUCCUUUGAUCCCCAACCGGGAUGGCAUGAUGAAAGGGAAACCAAAGAAAGAUAUCCCUAAGCUGGAGAUGCAGAGGAGGAUGGAACCCAUCUCAUCUUUUGAGGACCAUUUCUUCAAUAGAAAAAGGUGGCUAAAGCAAGAGCCUAAAUCCUUGAAGGAUCCCAAAGCUUCCCUCACUCUCACACCAGAAAUGAAACAGAGGCGGCGGCGUUUGACUAUUGACAACCUGGAGGAGAUCCGAAAAGAAGUGAAGAAAGCAACUGAUGCCUACCGGAAGACAAUUGCUCUCCGGGAACGCAACAAGUCACUGAAGCUGUGGCGGAGAGUGCGAGGUGGAGACAUUGGACUAGAGACAGGGAACCCGAGCUUCUACCAGACCUUCUCUACAUACUCAUGGUCAUGGAAUGUCUGCCAGGAACUCCUGACACCCCGAGAACUCCGAGAGUAUGAUAACAAAUUCUAUCGUAACAGCUGCCGUUCAUCCACUCCUGCAGAUAAGCAGAGCAGGGCAGACAGAAAGCAGAAAGAAAGUAAAAAUUAGCCCCAGAUGCCCUUGGGAUGGCAUCCUCCUUUUCAUGCAUGUUCCACCAAAUGGUCUCGGGCUGGUAUCGGGGUCACAGUUCCUGCAACAGGAAAUACAAGGCUUCACCUUUGCACAUGGGCUAAAACAGUAAAAAA